UAAAAGAGAGAGAAGCAGGACACAACACAACACAGCACAACAAAACAAAAGUCUUCUAGUUUUAGUUUUUUUUUAAGAAACCAAAGGGAGAGUUUUUGCUUGUUUCUAAGCAACAGCCUCUGUUGCUGCUCUCUACUUUAGGAGGGGUCUUAUUUCCCCACUGAUGUUCUGGGAUCAAGAUUGUGGUAAAUAUCACCAACUUGGAUCAAAUGCCAUCUAUAAAAAUGAAGACCAAAUCAAGUACAAGCUCGGUAAAAGAAAGAUAUGGUCUUCGUGUGUGUCUGAAGUCUUGUGUAAUUUGCAAACAUUCAAGUUCCCAUGUAAAGAUUGCCCAACAAACAGCUGAAUUUGAUGCAUGUAUGGAAAACUGUCAUGAUGUUUCUUCGAGCAUGGAAACGUCCAGUUUGGGAUUUGAUUGUGAUGUAGCCAUUGAGCAGCAAGAAUUGCUGGAUGAAAAAAAUUCUGAGUUUAUGAUGCAGCCAUCAAUCUCUGUCAACUCUGAAACUAUUGAGCGAAUGGAAUCUACCCACACCUGUUCAUCAAACAUAGAGACAAUAUUUUCUCCUGCCCUGGAGCCAUUUGAAGUCUUCAGUGAGCCAAAUAUCAACUAUGAUGCUGGGAAUGGCAAGGAGCUUGAUGCAUCAGAGUUGGGAGCUGAUGACAGCUGUGACAAUGGAGGUUCAAGUGACUAUCAAAGUUGCAAUGUUUCAGAUUUCUUUAUUUCUGACAUGAUUAUUGCCGGAUUACCUAUAGAUGGGAAUUCUGUUGAUGGUGCUAUGACAGAGUCCAAUCCUUUACCUGAUUACAAGUGUGCAGAGCCAAGUAUGUUAUUUGAUGUGGCUGACCAAUAUAUGAUUCUGCCUUUUCUUGAGGAUACUGCCACAAUCAGCUGUACCAGUGAUUUCAAAUUAGCUGAAGAAACCACAACCGAUCCUGAUAAAGCUAGCUUGUACCUAGCAAUUGGCCAGAUGAAAUCCUUCAACCAGGAAUCUGAUAUUAAUUCUGACUCAGAUCAGGCUGAACACUUUGAUCCUCAGUUGUUUAUAAAAAAUUUACCCGAGCUAUCUGAUGUUGUGUCAAAUUUUCGGCCCACUAUUUUGCCUAAGGAGAGUCGGAGAAGGAAGCUUGUAACCCUAGUACUUGAUUUGGAUGAAACACUUGUUCACUCUACACUUGAACAUUGCGAUGAUGCAGACUUUACCUUUAGUGUUUUCUUCAACAUGAAAGAGCACACUGUUUAUGUAAAACAGAGACCUUAUCUCCAUACAUUCUUGGAGAGGGUUGCAGAAAUGUUUGAAGUUAUUAUCUUUACAGCUAGCCAAAGCAUCUACGCAGCACAACUUCUGGAUAUACUGGAUCCAGAGGGAAAGUUUAUAUCUCGACGUGUAUAUCGUGAAUCAUGCAUUUUUUCAGAUGGAACUUAUACUAAAGAUUUAACAGUUUUAGGUGUUGAUCUUGCAAAAGUUGCUAUAAUUGACAAUUCUCCUCAGGUCUUCAGGCUACAAGUGAAUAAUGGAAUUCCUAUUAAGAGUUGGUUUGAUGAUCCAUCUGAUUGUUCACUAAUUUCAUUACUCCCUUUCUUAGAGAACCUGGCUGACGCUGAAGAUGUACGCCCUAUCAUAGCCAGGACAUUUGGUAACAAGGAAUAAAAGUACCUUGUUUCUCUUCACUAGCUUGAAUAUAGCUCUUUGUUCCUCUUGUUUAUUUUUGAGCGAAAAUUGGUCUCUGAUUCUACUGCUCACUUCUCUUUUCUCUUCUAGUUUUGAGAUGAUUAACUGUCAAAUAAACUAUUGAUUGUCUUAUUGGUAAGUCAGCUUGUUCCAUCUCCUCCUCUCCAUUGGCAACCUGCGGAGUGCACUGUCUAAUUUUUCAGUAGGUAGUUCUAGAGAUGUUUCGUUUUUUAUUGUACAGUUGAAGUUUGCAGGCAUAUAAGGGGACAUAUGAAUUAUUAUCUUGUGAAGUAUAAUUUUGCAGACUCUUGUUUGCUUUCUUAUCUAUUGCCUAAUCUGAAUUACUAUUGUCAAUGUCGUGCUACUUUCUUUUUCCACAAGAGGUAUUCAGACUCCUUGUAUGCUUAUACCAUGCAAGUAACUUUGAAUUAAACACUAAUGCCAUCAUUUUGAGGCUUUCGUCAGUAGAUCAUUGUUUAUAUAAAUAAUCAGAAUAGAGAGACAAACACUAUAAGAUACAGGCAUGGACUUAGACAAUUAUUUCUCUUAAUGCUAUAUAUUUAGCUUGUUGUAGAAUGGUGUCUACUGUUACUGUUGAAAUGAAAGUUUAAAACCUUGUUAAAUUAAUUCUGUCUUGGUUGAUGUUUUGAUAAGGAUCUUUAUGCCCAGUAGUUUUCUUAGAUAUUGUUGAUGAAACAAUUGAACCUCUUAAUUUCCUUACUAGAAAAAAUGACAACACUCCAUGCUUACCAUCAUGUUGUUUUUGUUAACAAUUAAAUUUGUAUUACGAAAAAUUGAAGCCUAACUCGUAUUCUCAUAGACUUGAUCUUCUGAACUAAGAUAGGGCUGGGGGCAGUUUUGCAGAAUUGUCUUAAGUAUGGUUUCUUAGCUAAUGCUUAAGGAAAUUAAGAAAAAAAAAUUGAGAGACUUGUUAUAGUGGCCAAUUGUGAUGCUUAGGUAAAAGCAUAUUGAAGGUUUUGCAUGUUGCCUUAUUGGUGAACUUAAGUGGAAGGGAUAUCUUUGACUGGAGUGAGAAAAGAAGAAGAAAUGAAAAAGAAGGCUAUUUUUUAUUGGAAACAUUAACUUUUGUAUAGAUUGCUCAUUUGGGGGUUAUUUUUGUCUUGCAAGUAGAGGUUUUGCAGGAUGGAGUGAAAGGAAGCUUGUAUUCUCUAUUGAGUGACUCGCAUUGUGAAUAAUAGCAUAAGUUGCUGCUUAUUCUGUUUUGAUUCUGAAUGCUGACUUCUGAUUAUAUAUUUCCUUUUUUCAUCUAUACUUAAACUGUUACCUUUGAAUUUGUAUUUGUUUUCAAUAUACAUUCAUAUACCUCUUAAGGUUUCCUUGUUUCUGUUGUGUUUAGCUUCUUAAGUAGACGUUCAGCUCUCUAUUAUCGGACAUAUGUUCGUUGUUUUUCUUAUACUUUUGGUGCAUUGGGUAUAUUCAUGUAGUAUUAUCAGUUUUAUAUAGGAGAGAAGGGAGUUUACUGAGAGUUGAUGAUGAGUCAAAAGCUGUUUGUCAUAGAUUUUAAGACGUGGACGAGUUAAGUCAAAAUCUAAGUUGAGAGGAAAAUAAAUUAUCAAAUGGAGGGUAUAAGUCUGUGGUGGAUCGAUGAUUAAGAGAUUAAGUCCAUAUCCUCUAAGUAAGCACUUUAUUGAUUUAACUUGUAUUUCAAUACUACCUGCACCUUACCGGUGAAAUUUCCAGGAGGAUUCCAGUCCAAGUCAUAAGAGCUGACUUAAUUAUGUGUGAAUUACCAAGGAUUUAGGUUUUGAAUUCCCUUUACAAUAACUGGAAAUGGAUGAGGUUUUAGUUCUAUGCGUUAAGGUUUGGAUAUUAGACUAUAUGAUUUGAUGGAGCUAGAACUACCUGAAUGGUGGGUAGUUCCAUGCAUUAAGGUUUGGAUAUUACAGCCCUCUAUGUCCUGGUUUAGAGUAGUUCAUUGAGCAGAUUUUAGGAAAGACAUGAAUAGUUGAUCAUCUAUGUUGAAGAAUUGAAAGAAAACGGUGAUGCGUAGGUUCUAAAAGUAAUUUAUAACCUCUUGUCCACACGUCUUUGUUUUCUUUUAACCCAGAAGGGUGACAGUACUUGACUUUCUGGAGGGGGAACAUUGCAUCUGUCAAUAUUAUAUUUCUAAGUGCAAUUUCACAAACUUUGCAUGCCUUAUCUGCAGGUCAUGUAGAUUCUGCCAGUGGCAAAAUAAUAGGUACGUAGAAUCUUAUUGGCGUUUCCAUUAUUUUUUUUUCUGAACAUUGUUGAUAUAGUUAUUUAUCUGACAUUGAUCAACCCUGACAAUCUACACAUGGUGUAUCGUCAGAUUUCUGAAACUAAGUUUGUAAACAGAUUUUGCAUGAUGUAAUAUCAUUUCAAAAUAAUAGGAUAUACGUGUAUCGUCAUGUAUUGUAUUCUUCAGCUGCUGUGUUCUCUUGACCAUUGGCUGGUUAAUGUAAAGUAGCAGCACUUUAUAGUGUAAUACAGCUACAGUGAUUGUUGUUUCAAAAUUUUGGAUUUUGGAUACAUGUAAAGUUGAAUCAUGGCCA